AUGAAGUUAACAGCCUACAUCAGCCUCUGGCUGCUAACUCUUCUUCACUCAACUCUCGCUGCAGAUGUUGUCCCCAGGUCUACCUUUACUGAGGUAACCAACUACGGCGAUAACCCCACAGGUACUCGAAUGUGGCUGUAUGUUCCGAAGACGCUGGCUUCGAGUCCUGGCAUAGUCGUCGGUAUCCAUUGGUGUACCGGUAGCGCUCAAGCAUACUACCAGGGUACACAAUGGGCACGCUACGCCGAGACAUAUGGCUUUAUUGUUAUCUACCCUCAGACGCCAUAUACCCAGGAUAAUUGCUGGGAUGUAGCAUCAAAGAUGACGUUGACUCACGAUGGCGGCGGUGCUAGUACCUCGAUCGCCAAUAUGGUCAGGUAUAUCACCAAGGAAUACAAUACCGAUAAGAGUAAAACCUUUGUUACAGGUACUUCCUCAGGAGCUAUGAUGACUAAUGUUAUGGCCGCAACCUACCCUGAUAUCUUUGCAGCAGGAAUUGCAUAUGCAGGUGUCCCAGCCGGUUGCUUCAAGAGCGCAGAUAAUAUUCCCGAUUUCUGGAACUCAACAUGUGCCACCGGCCAGUCAAUCUACACCCAGACUCAGUGGGCCAAUGUUGUGAAGGAUAUGUAUCCUGGAUAUACUGGAUCACGACCCAAAAUGCAGAUCUAUCACGGGUCGGUAGAUCAGGUAUUGAAUGUACAGAACUACUACGAAACCAUUAAACAAUGGACUGGCGUGUUUGGUUAUUCAACUGACCCGCAAUCCACGACGCCUAACUUCCCACGGAGCCCGUAUACCAGAUACACGUUUGGCGAUAAGCUGCAGACGUUCUUGGGUCAGGGUAUUAAUCAUUCGAUUGAUGUGUUCCCAGAGGAAGACUUAAAGUGGUUUGGUUUCGCUGAUCCAGUAAAGCCUUCAUCCACUACUACCGCCACAACACCGACAGAUACUGGUAGCUUGGAGGUUUCUCCUCAGUGGGGUCAAUGUGGUGGCAUAGGUUGGACAGGUCCCAAACAAUGUGCAAGUUCAUUCAAAUGUGUCAAGAUUAACGAUUGGUAUUCCCAGUGUCAGUAG